UUUAAAUCACCACGUAACCAGAAGCUGGAUCUUCAGUAUAUAAAUAUGUAGCGGAAAAACGUUUUUUUGGUAUGUCUUGUACAGCACUUUCAUUACACCCAAGUCAUUAACCCUCAGUUAAAUACACGUGGACAUUUUUUGACCAAUAACAUGACAGAUCAGGCUGGUUUUGGUAAGAUGGCCGCCCGCGGUGCCAGGUGGCCAAGUGUUGCUAUGCAACAUCAAAACCACUGCGGAGUGAGAACGGGAACGGCAAAAUGAGACCUGCUUUCACAACGACAUACGAGAAGCGGAAAACAAAUUAUGCCUGUGCUCUGCUUUCUUAUGUUACCAGGCGAGUUAUUUUUCUCUGAACUUGAGCAGACGAAUUUUUGAAACUGCCUCACGUAAAGUUUUUAAGAUAGUUGCCAGUCGUUCUGGUGGCUGAGAUGGGGUCCGAAUCUGUGAAGGUGGUGGUCCGGUGCAGGCCCCUUAAUGACAGAGAGACAGCUCUGGGUUCCAAAAUGGUGCUGACCAUGGACCUACAGCGGUGCCAGUGUUUCAUCAAGAAGCCCAUGUCAGCUGAUGAGCCCCCCAAGCAAUUCACCUUUGAUGGGACUUACUUCACCGAUCAAACUACAGAACAGAUGUACAACGAGAGCGCCUAUCCAUUAGUAGAGGGAGUCACGGAAGGAUACAAUGGCACAAUAUUUGCUUAUGGCCAAACAGGAAGCGGCAAGUCCUUUACUAUGCAGGGGGUGACUGAGCCCCCGGCCCAGAGGGGGGUCAUCCCACGAGCCUUUGAGCACAUCUUCGAGAGCAUUCAGUGUUCAGAAAAUACCAAGUUCCUUGUAAGGGCGUCCUACUUGGAGAUUUACAAUGAAGAAAUAAGAGACCUCUUGGGCAGUGACACUAAGCAGAGAUUAGAGCUGAAAGAGCACCCGGAGCGUGGGGUGUACGCCCGGGACCUGUCCAUGCACACGGUACACAACGUGGCGGAGUGUGAGAGCAUGAUGGAGCGCGGCUGGCGGAACCGCGCCGUGGCCUACACCUUCAUGAACAAAGAUUCGUCUCGCUCACACUCAAUCUUCAGCAUCCACCUGGAGAUGUGUCGCACAGAUGCAGCAGGCCAGGACCACCUCCGAGUCGGGAAGCUCAAUCUGGUAGAUCUGGCGGGGAGUGAACGUCAGUCCAAAACGGGCGCAACGGGCGAACGUUUGCGCGAGGCCACCAAGAUCAACUUGUCUCUCUCGGCCCUGGGCAACGUCAUUUCAGCCCUGGUGGAUGGCCGCUCCAAAUAUGUCCCCUACCGCGACUCCAAACUCACCCGGCUGCUGCAGGACUCGCUGGGGGGCAAAACUCGAACCCUGAUGGUGGCCUGCCUCUCCCCGGCCGACAGCAACUACGAGGAGAGCCUGUGCACGCUGCGUUACGCCAACCGCGCCAAAAGCAUCCAGAACCGGCCGUGCAUAAACGAAGACCCCAAGGAUGCGCUGCUGCGGGAGUACCAGGAGGAGAUCAAGAAGCUGCGGGCCCUCAUCUCAGGCCAGCUGGGCUCUGUUGCUCCCGUUCCAUCUGUGAUGCCCAAGCAUCAAGCAGAGGUUUGCCCCAACUCCACCGACAGGGAAAAGGACAAGAUUAAAAAGGACUACGAGGAGAGGCUGGCCAAGCUGCAGGCCGACUUCAGCGCUGAGCGGGAGUCCAAGGCCAAGCUGCAGCAGGACAUUACUACUCUGCGCGCCUCCUAUGACAGCAAACUGUCUGGCCUGGAGAAGAUCAAAACCAGCAGGGAGAGGUCUACCCCAAAGAAUGCGAGCUCCAGCAGUGUCACAACAGAGGAAACGUUCCCGAGCAACGCAAAUGAGCUGAGCCAGUCCAUUGUGCCACAUGCUGCUGAUCGGAUCCCAAAAAGUCCAGAUGGAGUCCCAGAAGAGUCGCCUGGUGUCGGUACAGCAGGGGAUGUGGAGCAAAAAGAAGCCUUGGAGAGGCUUCAGAGGCUGGAGCAGGAGGUGGUCGGCGGUGAGCAAGCCCGCAACAAAGAAUUCCAGCAGAGGCAGCGGCAGAGGAGGAAGGUGGCCGAUCAGAGGAAAGCUCAGCUCGUUCAAGCUUUGUCGGACAACAGCGAGGAGAGCGACAACGUGCUGUUCAGUGUCUACGACUCCAUUCAGGAGGAGGUCCACGCCAAAGGCCAGAUGCUGUCUAAGGUCCAGGGAAAGCUGAAAGCAGCCAAAUUAGAGAUUCGUGACCUGCAGGCAGAGUUUGAAGAGGAGCGGAAUGAUUAUCUCGUGACCAUUCGUCGCCUGGAACGCGAGGGCCAGCUGCUUCACGGUCUGCUUGAGCGCAUGGCGCCACUCGUUCGCCGGGACUGCAACUACAGCAGCCUGGAGCGCCUGAAGAGAGAGGCCGCAUGGGACGAGGAGAGCACUGCCUGGAGGAUUCCCGACGUGACGAUCCAGAGAACCACGCUGCCCUCGGGUGGGACUUUCCAUCUCUCCCCGCCCAGAGGCCUGGCAGCCGAUGCCAAAGACAUCGUGCAGGUUGAGGAGGACCGUUACAAAGAGCUGCUGGACCGAAGCGACAGUGAAAACAUUGCCAACGCUUACUUCAGAUGCAAGAGGGCCAACCAGUUGCGUGGGGGUGAAACAGCCAUGGGUCACGGUGAGGUUUUUUUUUUUUUUUUAGGACACUGUCGUACUUUUGAUAGGACACGGUAAUGUCCCGCUAAUACGAGAGUUGCUAGCCAUGAGUAGUGAAAAGCUUUGACCAAUUAGCAAAUCCAUAACUCAUUCAAUCCCAGCCAUUUUCACUGGAGCAACCCCCCUCAAUCCCAGUGUUUUACUGGAUUUUGAUGAUCUUGCGAGGCCCACAGAAUAUUUGGUUCUAAUGCUAUAUAAACAUGGAGCCUACCAAAAUAAGGUUUGGACUCUCUUCUUUCAGAAGAAAAACUUUUAGUUUCUUU